AAAGAGACCUGUUCGAAUCAAUAGGUAGUUUUAGUCGCUAAAUCGUUGAAACACUCACAAUAUGAAGCUGCUCUCGAUCGCUUUUCUAUUGGGACUUUUGGCCUUGGCUAGUGCCAAUCCAAUGAGUCCUGGCAAUGUGAUUAUAAACGGCGACUGCAAAGUUUGCAAUAUUCGAGGCGAUUAGAGUGUGUUGAAUUCAACCGAAUUUGUGUGGGAUUAUGACAAAAUAAAAUCACUGAAACAACAAAA